UGAGGGCGGGGGCGUGGCUCAGUGGGUUAAGGGAGACCGUGGUGCUGUUUGGGAUUUAGGGACAGAAAGUCUGAACCGCUGCUGUAUAUUAAUCGUAACUCAGAUAAUUCAGCCAUGGGGAAGUCUCUCUUCUCUUUGCUGAAGCACAAAAGCGAGGGUCGUGAGGAUCUGAAGCCGAAGGAGCCUGACUCAGACACAGAUGAGGACAAACACGAUAUUUCCCAGUUCCCGUAUGUUGAAUUUACAGGCAGGGACAGUGUGACAUGUCCUACUUGUCAAGGCACUGGAAGGAUACCAAGAGAACAAGAAAAUCAACUUGUUGCUUUGAUACCAUAUAGUGACCAAAGACUGAGACCAAGAAGAACAAAGCUGUAUGUAAGUGUGUCGGUCCUGGUGUGCCUUCUGCUUUCUGGCCUCGCUGUCUUUUUCCUGUUCCCCCGCACCAUUGAUGUGACCUAUAUUGGUGUUAGGUCUUCGUACGUUACUUUUGAUACAGAGAACCGGAUUGUGUAUCUCAACAUCACGAACACACUCAACAUCACUAACAACAACUACUACCCAAUACAAGUGACAAACGUCACAGCACAGGUGCAGUUCUAUAAGACUGUCAUCGGAAAAUCGCUUGUGAGCAAUGUGACCAGCAUUGUACCUCUGGAUAUGAGACAGGUCGACUUCUCAGUUCCUACAGUCAUAGCCAAUGAGAUUAACUAUAUCUUUGACUUCUGUACCAUGCAGUCCAUAAAAGUACACAACAUUGUUGUAAUGAUGCAGAUAACUGUGACCACUGUGUACUUCGGACAUGCUGAGCAGAUUUCUCAAGAAAAAUACCUGUAUGUGGACUGUGGUUCAAAUACCACCAACCCCAAUGGACACACAAACGUGAUACAGUGACGCUCCUCACACUGAAUCCUGACCUGCAGGACUUCUUAUGUGAUGCUAUCUGAGACUACUGGUUCUGACUGAUCUUAGUGCGUGUGAAUGGCGAUGAUCUCAUGUAAGAUCUCAUGUAUUUUCUCAUUAUUACAGUCAUGGCCGAAAGUGUUGGCACACCUGAACAUUUUCCAGAAAGUUAAGUAUUUCUCCCAGAAAGUUAAUGCAGUUGCACAUGUUUUGUUAUACAUGUUUAUUUCAUUUAUGUGUAUUGGAACAACACAAAAAAAAGAAAAAAAGAAUGUCUUUGCUGUCACAAAGACAUAGAGAACAGAAAGAAAAAAGACAAACAUUGUGGAAAAAUAUCUCAAGGUUACAAAUCAUCUCCAGAGAUCUUGGUAUUCCCUUUUCUAUGGUGCACAACAUAUUCAAGAAAUGUACAACCCAUGGCACUGUAGCAAUGAGAAGUGGUGAAAGAGAAAAGUGAUAAAUUUAAGGGGUCCUGCAGGCUCAGGGUGCAUCAUUGUCUGCGCAAAGUAUCUGUCAACAUUUUAAUUAAAUGAAACACUAUGACAGGGGACCCAGGAGGACCCCACUGAUGACACAAAGACAUAAAAAAGCUAGACUGCAGUUUACCAAAAUGUAUGUAAGUAAGUUCUUGUGGACAGAUGAGUCCAAGAUAGAGCUUUUAGGUGAAGCACAUCAUUCUGCUUUUAAUCGAAAACAAAAUGGGGUUGAUUUGAAAUCUGAAGAAUACCAAAUACCAUUUUGGAUUGCGAUAUAGGUCAUAGUGUCAUAGAACGCGGGGUUUGUGUUAG